AGACGUGAGACUGACCCUGCGGCCAGGGCACCAGGACUUACGGUGAUCCGGUUCCAGCGGAGAGAGAACAGCAAACUUGUGAUUCUUGAACGGUGGUUCUGGCUGGUACACAGAAACUUCCAAACCUCGCAGCUGGGAAGACCAGAGGCUGGAGUAGCUGCUUUGGAGAACACAAAUGGCUAGAAGGAAACAACCCUCAGGAAAGAUCACUUGUUGCUGUUGUUACUACUAGCACAGCUGUUUCUGUGACUUGUGUUUUUAGGAGUCUCUCAGGAUACAGUCAAAAGAAAGGUCUCCAAAACAAAGUGCCUGAAGCAAGGGAUGGCACUGGCCUUGAUCCACCCUAACAAGCGUGCAUACUCUUUGGCUCCCCUGAAUCUGAAGGAGGAGCUUCAGGGAUUCAAAGUUCAAGGGGACAGAAAAGGCGUUGGGCAGGAGCCAUUGUGCAAACAGUUCAGGCAGCUGCGCUAUGAGGAAAGCACUGGACCUCGAGAGGUUUUACGCCGACUCAGGGAGCUCUGCAGACAGUGGCUGCGGCCUGAGACCCACAGCAAGGAGCAGAUCCUGGAGCUGCUGGUACUGGAGCAGUUCUUGACCAUCCUGCCAAGAGAUCUGCAGGUCCAGGUGCUCGAGCACCACCCAGAGACUGGGGAGGACCUGGUGGGAAUACUGGAAGAUUUGCAGCUGGAUCGUGGAAAAGCGGGAGAGCAGAAGGACUCAGCCCAAAGAACCAGACCGACUGUGCUGGUUGGAGAGCCAGCCCCUCAUAGAGAAGCACAGGAGCAACCGGGGUUUGUGGUUCUGAAGCCUGAGGAGAGAGGUAAAGAGACAAGGAGUGAGAAUGGGAAGUUCACUGGAGGGAUAGACUCUUGUGGAAGAGUGGAAUCAUCCUGUACAAUGUCUGAACCCAUCGAGGCCCAGUGUGAGGACCUGAGCUUGAAAAAGUAUCCAGCCAUGCCCAAAGGAAAAACUAACAGUCAAUGCUUAGAAACUAAGGAGAGACUUGUUCAGAACUCAGGCCUGAUUGAACGUGACAGAACGCAUACAGGAGAAAGGUCCUGUGAAUCUGUAGUGUAUCAGAGUUCUGUUGCUACUGAACAUCAGGAAAUCUCUAAAGAGAAAGGUCACCCCUGCCAAGAGUGUGGGAAAGUCUUUCAGAGAAGUUCACACCUCAUCAGACAUCAGAAAAUCCAUCUUGGUGAGAAGCCUUACCAGUGCAAAGAGUGUGGAAAAGUCUUUAGCCAGAAUGCAGGUCUUUUGGAGCAUCUCAGGAUCCAUACUGGAGAAAAACCCUAUCUGUGUAUCCAUUGUGGAAAGAACUUCAGGCGAAGCUCUCAUCUUAAUAGACAUCAAAAAAUUCACAGUCAGGAUGAGCCCCGAGAAUGCAAGGAGUGUGGGAAAACCUUUAGUCGGGCCCUCCUCCUCACCCACCAUCAGAGAGUCCAUGGUCGUUCCAAAAGACAUCAUUGUAAUGAGUGUGGGAAAGCCUUCAGUUUGACCUCUGACCUUAUUCGACAUCACAGGAUUCACACUGGAGAAAAACCUUUCAAAUGUAAUGUGUGUCAGAAAGCUUUCCGUCUAAAUUCACACCUAGAUCAGCACGUCAGAAUCCACAAUGAAGAAAAACUCUACAAGUGUAGUGAAUGCAAUGAAGCCUUCAGGCAGAAGUCUGGUCUCUUUCAGCAUCAGCGACAUCACCAUAAAAGUAAACUGGCUUGAUGAGGUUCUUUGAAAUAUCGGGAUGUUACAUUGAUAAGCAAACAGUGCUUUAAACACCAGGGCUUCAGUAUUCUUGGAAGCCAUUUGCCUCCAUUGUUUCCCUCUCUUGACUUUACUGAAAGUCAUAAUUAAUUAGACUAUAAUAAUUUUACCCUAAGAGUGGAAUCAGAGUUAAACAAGUAUUCACUACAGAACUUCUCAGAUCUUUGGAUGUGAUAAGUACACGAUCAUUUAUCUCUUAAGUAUUAGCUUUAUGUAUGAAUGAAGUUUUUUAAAUCAGCAAGUCAAGUGCCUAUAGGUUUAUACAGAACAAGAUCAAGCUGAUAUUUUUGCAAGUACUGUAACAGCAGGCUCCUAAAAAAUAAAAGAGCUGGGGAGAUGGCUCAAUGGUUAAUCCAAGUUGCUAUGCAAAUGUAAGGACUGUUUUAGAUCCCCAGCACCCAUGUUGAAGUCUAAUGAGUAUAGUGGCCAGCCUGUGGCCUGUGGUUCCACUCCUCAGGUGGCAGAAAUGGGAUCUUUAGAGCAAGCUGGCUAGCCAGACUAGCUAUUAGCAAACUUAGAAUUCAGGUGGGAGAGUUUGGAGAGCAGUUGGAGUUAUCGAGAAAGACUCCUGAUGAUAAUCUAAGUACACAUGUAUCCAUACACUUUUACAGCCAUACAUGCAAACAUCAUACAUGUGAAAAGAAAAACCUAAGGAGCUAGAGUGAUGAGUCAGCAGUUAACACAUCUGCUCUUGCAGAGGACCCGUAGCGUUUUUAAUUCCUAACACCUCCAUAUCAUAGCAGCUCACAACCACCUGUAACCCCAGUUCCAGGGAUCUGAUGCCCUCUUCUGGCCUUCUCAGGUUCCUAUACACAGUGGUCCACAGAAACUGGUGGACACACCUAGAAAACUGGUAAAAUAUUUUUAGGCCCAAAAUUAAUAAUGCUUGGAAAUAUACAUUCUCAAGAGUUUAAUAUAGGUUGAACAUUUUCCCUAUUGAGUCCACACACACACUGGCUUCAUAUCCUCUUUACCCUUGUACCAUCAAUGAACACAUUUCUGAAAGCAAAGAUAGCUUUUGCUGUUUAACUAUAGAACCUAGCCUUAGGAUUAGCUCAUGUCAAUUUACAUUCCCUACCCAUUUGAACCAUGGUAUCACAGUUUUUCAAAUUAUAAAUCAAGUUUUACUUAAACUAUGCAAGAGACUUUGAGUCACUUGAUGAAUGAACUGUGUUGAAUUAUUCUAAGCAACAACUUGCUUACUGGGCAGUGCCAGUACAGUGACCACUUGAAGGAUACUUCUUAAUAAAUGUCCCAUAAGGGAAAAUGCUUUCUUUCCCUUUGAUACCAAUGAUGAAAAUUUAAAUGAUACUUAUUUUGAAAUCAUUUUGACCAUUAAAAUCAAAUCAGCUUGGAGAGAUGGUCAUGGUCUUCAUGCCGUAUUGACUGUCUCGCUAGUGAUGAAAAGUAGUAAGCUUGGAGCCUUCCCAAGCGCAUCACCAGACUGCUAAAGCAUAGUUUAUGGUUGGGAAUUGCACAGGGUGUACUUCUCCAAGACAAGGGCUUCUUAAGGUAUGCCGAUUUGGCAAGAUAAGAGGACCCUUGUAGUGAUUACGACUUGGUUUUACUACACUUGGCUUACAAAUAAAUAGCGACUUAGAAGAGCUUAUUUUUCUUGUCCGAUAGAAAAGGAUAGAGUCAGUCCAACACAGAUCUGUGGUAUCACUAGAUCUGAAUCUAGUCAACUUGCUGCCAGUCACAUCUAAAAGGGGACAGACCAAGGACUGUUAGGCAAAAUUCUAACAUUAAUCUUCACUUUCAUCCCCCUUUAGCCAAACUUUUAGCUCUGCACAGAGUAAGACCCUCCUCUUUGUCAAGAUUUUUGCCCUAAGAUCAAGGGGCUGGCAGAACCAAGAAGAACCUUUUUUUGACCAUACCUUGAUGUGAUGGUUGCACCUUUAGCAGUCAUAUGGCCUUAAAAACUGACAGCAUGGACUAUGGUCCUCAACACUACCAAAAUAACAGUGUUAGCAUGCGAUCAGUCUCCUUGAUGGUUAGCUCAUGUCCAUGCCAGAAUGUGCAUGUAACAGGCAUUUGUAACACUUGUAAUUCCUAAACCUCAGAAGAAAGCACCUGUUUAGUACAGGCUUUAUAUUUCUACUGUUGAACAUACUUUUAUGCAUUGAUUAAUCACGUAUCUAUCACUGUGUAAAAGUGAUGUCUUUUCUGGCCUUUCUCCUUUUAUUCCUAAACAGCAUGGUCCUUAAAAAUUAGAGAACUAUCAAAUUUUUAAAUGCACAUUACUUUUUGUCAGUUUGUGUGUGUAGUAUUUACCCAACAAAUAUAUUUAAAGCAAUGUAAAAACAUAAUUAUCGAUAGUGUAAAGAAAAUACUUUUCUAUAGAAAUAGUGAUAUUGACAGUAUUGUAAACAGUCUGUAAAGAGUUAAUGAAGUUUUGAAGUAAUUUUUGAAUAAAAUUAAAACUUUAAAAAGAAA